AUGCACACCAACACUUUCGCCAUCCUCUCUUCAGUCCUCUUCUUUGCAUCGUCACCAUGCACCGCCCGCGUUGUACCUCCUCAACCCCCGCGCAUCCUCCCUCGCGGUGACGUACAAUCAUUGCUAUCAACAUCUGAUGCAUCUCUGGCCGAUAAAUGCACGUUCACCCUCUUCCACAAGCAACUCAUCACCGCUACUCAAUCCGAAUCAACGAGCAAGGGCAAAAUCAACUAUAUCCAAAUCGACAGCUUGGAAGAUCAUACAAAUGGAAUCACCAUCGAUGUUGCUUCUUCAAGACCACGAACCGAGCGCAACUCGUAUGCGAAGGUCUCUGCGAAGCAGGUUCUCACCAUCGCGGGAUUGCUGGAUGACACGAGUUUGACCAUCCACGGCACAGACGGGGAGGAUGCUCUUGUCUUCGAGUCUGAUGGCGUGAGCUGGGCGACAGAGGGCGGGAGCAAAAGAGUGAGGCCUGACGCAUGGUGUGAUUCGGGCAUCUGGGUUGAGAGUGGGAAGGGAAGUAGGGAACGCACAAUGGAGUGCGCAUUUCCCUGCGCUAAGAUUGAGGAGGGUGAGGACGAGGAGAGAGAAGAGCUGCGGUAG